CGCGCCCCAGGGCGAGCGCGGCCGGGGUGGGCCGUGCAGUCAAUGUGGGACAUCAACAAACCCAGAUAACAGGAAAUGAUCCAUUCUCUGCGAUCACUCAGGCUAGGGGCCCCAACCUGCAAAGUUCAAGGAGGGAAAUGGAUGACUCCACCGGGUUGCAGUCCCGCCUUUCUUACCCUCAGACCAGAGAAGAAAUGAAACUGAAGGAGGGAGGCUCCGUCCUGCCCCAGGAGGAAAGCCCCUCCGGCCGGUGCUCCAAAGAUGGAAAGCUGCUGGCCGUGACCCUGCUGCUCGCCGCCUCGUCCAGCUGCCUCACGGUGCUGGCUUUCUGCUGGGUGGCGUCCCUGCAAGCGGAGCUGGGCAGCCUCCGGGCGGAGCUGCGGGGGCGGCCGGGCGCCCCCCAGGCCGGGGCCGCGGCCGCGCGGGAGGCUCCCGGCGUCACCCCGGCCCUGAAACAGCGGAUCUUUGCACCCCCAGCUCCGGGAGAAAGCAAUUCCAGCCAGAGCGGCAGGAGUAAGCGUGGCCUGCCGGAGGCAGAAGAAACAGUCACUCAAGACUGCUUGCAGUUGAUUGCAGACAGUGACACGCCUACUAUACGAAAAGGAGCAUACACCUUUGUUCCUUGGCUUCUCAGCUUUAAAAGAGGAAGAGCCCUAGAAGAAAAAGAGAAUAAGAUUUUGGUCAAAGAGACAGGCUACUUCUUUAUCUACGGUCAGGUUUUAUACACCGAUAACACGUUUGCCAUGGGACACCUAAUACAGAGGAAAAAAGUCCAUGUCUUUGGGGACGAACUGAGUCUGGUGACUUUGUUUCGAUGUAUUCAAAACAUGCCUGAAACACUACCCAAUAAUUCCUGUUACUCAGCUGGCAUCGCGAAGCUGGAGGAAGGAGAUGAACUCCAACUGGCAAUACCCCGGGAAGAUGCUAAGAUAUCCCGAGAUGGAGACGGCACGUUUUUUGGAGCCCUGAAGCUUCUGUGACCUGCUCACACCUUGCGUGUGGCUGUUCUCUUCCCUCCUCUGUGCCUCUAGAGAGAAAGCACUUAACUGGAAAUACCAGAAGGAAAACAAAGUAGUUACCAUAGCCUCUUCUGGGAGCUGUUUGUUUGGUUUGCUGCAACUGGACCAAAACAGGAAAUUUAACAGACAACCACAGCCAAAGGGUGUCAUGUGAAUUACGAGAACUAGAGCCCAUUUACGGAAAAAUAGAAUUAGUAAGACUUACACUAUAAUGCCACGUUGAACAACUUAGUGCUUCUUGCCUUGGAAGAAGCACAAGAUUCAAAGGGGCGGUAAUCGUUUCUUCCAAAAUGAUAUUCCACUGUUUGCUGGGCAACAGAGCCUGUGACUGUAGGACAUGAAGACAUCUGGGGGGAAAUCUCAGGAUUUAUCCUCUAUUUUUAUGUUAAAUACCCUCUUCUAUUAAUACUGAGGAAAUGGAAAAAAAGGUAGAGAAAUCUUGCAUUCUGUACAUGAAAAAGUAACUAAAAGUUUAAAUUUAAAUAUCGUAUUAGAUAAUCGGACUCAAAAUAGGAUACUGGUACUAUUUAAGUCUUUUAGGUUUAUUUCAAGUUUGCAGUUCUAGCUCUAAUAUUAUACGUUACCCGCUGGAACACUCUGUGACAUGUUUCACAGAAGGGAAAUCAUUCUCUCAUGUGCCUACACUUCAGAGUAUUUUUUACAGCUAAUUUCAGUUACUUCAGAAACUUUUAAUAUAAUUUCAACUCAUGCAUGUAAACGUUCAUUGAAAAAAGUAACCCUCGUGGUUUUUCAUAAAAAUAAAAUCUGCCAUAGAACUUAAUACAGUCAUAAUAAUGUAAUAUCAUCUCCCUAUACUUCCUUUCUUCUGUUUUAAACUGCUGCUAUUGUAGUUCACAUAUCCCAGCCUUUAAAAAAUACUCAUGUUAAUAGCUUUACAGAAGUUGAGGGUUAAUUAAAGCUCUUGGCAUCCUGAGUAGGGCGUAUACCAUGUGUUAUUCUAAAGAUUGUUGUUGUUGGUAUUGUUCAGUCACUGAGUUGUGUCUGACUCUUUGUGACCCCAUUAUCACAUGCCAAAAGACAUUGUCCUGAUUUUCAGUUUAUAAAGAACCAUUUUUGAGAAUAUCAUAAUACUUAUCUUUUAUAACAUCAUUUGUUUCACUUAUCUUUUUAAAAUGUUGUCAGUUUACACAGUUAACUUCAUUGUUUAAACCGAUGGAAAAACAGACCCUCGUCUACACUAGCUUUCCCCAGGUUACAUUAAAAUAUUUUUAAAGGUAUUUUUUCAAAACAAACUUGUUGGUAUUUCGUGUCUAAAAUUAAACUUUGUUCAGCAUUCUGAUUCCUAUAGUUUCAGCUUUGGGGGUAAAAUAAAAUAUGUUCUGCAAUUUAUUUGUUUUACAAUAUUAUAAUGAAAAAAGAAGUGAUAGGUGGGGUAGAAGUUUCGAUACUAGAAGGAAGUUAGAGCGAUUCUUAGUGCUGCUGCUAGUUGGAUUGCCAAAUAAAAAACGUCAGUGCUUUGCCUCAUUUUUGAAUUGUUUGUCUUAUACCAUUCAUCUUUUGGUUUCUCUCGGUAACACUGAAUGUUGUCAUAAAAAUUAGGUGCACAAAGCGAAUGAUAUUCAAUAUCCUGUGAUAAACCAUAAUGGAAAAGAGUAUGAAAAAAAAUGUAUAUAUGUUUACAAUUGAGUCACUCUGCUGUAUAGAAAUUAACACAAUAUUGUAAAUCAAUCAUACUUCGAUUAAAAAAGACUAAAAUGAU